CAUAAACGCUUACCAUUUUUACAUUUUUACUUCAAUUUUACCUACGAAGAUAUCCGUGAAAUGGCCGCAAUCGCUAGUUACACUCCAACCAUUAACUAGACACACAGAAUUCAUUAAUCCUGAAAAGAACCAACAAAACACGAGGUAACUCUGCCAAAAUUCAAAUACUUCGUUUUCCACCAGGCGCUAAGAAAUAAUAUGGACCUGCAGAACAUUCUCCAGCGUCAUGGAAGAAAAAGGCAUUGUGAAAUUUGAAGCCUUCCAGCGGUUGUUCUCUACAAUCCUGCUGCCUUGGAAUUUUUCGUUCUAUAUGAAAGCAUUCAUUUGAUUCCGCUUUUGAAAUUAUAUUAGUCCCAGAUUAAAAGAAAGAAUACCAAGGAGCUAACCCAAGCCUAAAUAUGUCUCUCUCUCCAUCUCCGCUCACACACAGGCGUAGGGACUGUUUAAACUUGGAACUAUCCCCAAAGAAUGUUCAUGGUGUAUCUUUGGAUCCAAAACCUGACUGGAGUUUAGAUGAUCUUGAGGCAGAACUAAAGGAGAUUGCAGCAAAGUAUAGCACUGAAUUGUUGCCAGAAAACAAACGCCUACCACAGAGUGGUACCAUGUUUUCAUGCAGAGACUUGUUUGCUGUGUCGGAUUUUGGCAGAAGCAGCAAAACCUUUGCGAUGCGUGCCUUUGAUGAUAGCUCUGACUACAGUGAAGAAGAUUUUGAUUUAGAAGAUGAUUAUGGCAAUGUUUCAAAACAUAACAAUCAGUCUUUGCUGCUAGAAACUAAGUUGACAAGUGGUGUGGAAGCUACAGAUGACCAAUUGGAUUUCGAGGUAGCUGCAAACCAAUUAAUGCCCAGUACUGGGGUGGUGGAAGGUUCUCUGUUUGAGUUGGAACGUGAGAGAACAUUGAGAGUUCAGGAGGAAAUCAGGGAGAGAACGCUAUCACUAGAAUCAGAACUGAAAGCUGAAACAGAGAGAUCUGCUACAGCACUUUUGCAUGUAGAGAAAGAAAGGGAGGAAAAAUGGGAGAUGGCUCGCCGUGUGGACAAGCAGUAUCAACGUAAAAUAGCAGAAGCUCGUGAUAGUCACUUGUCUGCAGUUCAAUGGGACCACCAACAACGUUCUCAAAUAGAAGAACGUAGAAUAAGAAAAGAAGUCGCUGUUGAAGAAGCCAGGAAGAGGGAAAAAGAAGACCGGGAGAUCAGGGAACGGCAAGAGAAAGCUAGGGCAGAAGCUGAGCAUGCUAAAUUGAAGGCAGAAAGUGAAGCUGAAGCAGAGAAAAAGGCAGCUGCAGAAGCAGAGAAAAAGGCAGCUGCAGAACUGGAGAGAAGGGAAUCAGCUGAAAGAGAGAAAAAAGCAGCUGAAGCAGAGAUGAAAUCUAAGGAGCAAGAGAUGAUUUCAUCACAAACAAAUAUUUCAACUGGAACGCUGUUGGGAGGUGUGAAAGUCGAAGUUGCUGAAAAUGCUGGAAAACUGGAGGUGGAGAGAGUUGGAAAACUAAAUGCUAUACAGGAGCAGUGUCAGCAGCUAAGAUCUGAUCCACAUUUAAGUAAGGAGUUGAAGACUCGUGAAAGGCAGAUUGCCUUAAAACUAAGGCAAAUAACUGGAACUCAAGAACAAGUUAGGAUUAAAGCAACGGAGCUCCUUGAAAUAGUCACGGACCAUCGUUUUCCUAACUCUAUUCUACUUACAAGCUUUGCCACAAAGGUAGUUUCUCAGUGUGAAACUCAAACGCUCAACUUGAAUUCAAUUGUUUUUGGCUUGGCACAGGCAAUUGUACUCGUUGCAUCACAGGUUCCAGUUGCAAUGGAUCUUAUUCUUGCCGAGUUCCAUAAAUCUUGCAUCUUUACUGUUCCAAAAUACAUUACAUAUUCAAAGAAUGCUUUUGAAUCAGAAGAUUCCUACCAUAAAGCAGUUGGAUAUAGAGAAGAUAAUGGAAAGGUUGAAACUACACAUAGCUAUCUGACUCGCAUGAAGGCCUGUGUAGCUCUAUAUGCAGCAAUUGUUCAGACAAACAUACCAGGUAUUCACAAUCCACAUGGUCUGAAGGAAGGAUGGGCUUGGCUAGCUCGAUUUCUAAAUGCACUUCCUCCCGACAGGUUUACAGGAGCUGCUUUAGAAACAUUUUUGAAGAUAGCUGGUUUCCGUCUCUUUCAAGCAUAUCCCAAGCCAUUUACAAAGAUUUUAGAUCUUAUAUCAAAAGAUUUUAUAGCUAAGCUGAAAUCUCAGAAUGACCCAGAUUCAAACCAAGUGAUUAACAGCAUAGAUACAUACUUGAUAACUCAAGAAUUCAGGAAAGAGCCUCAAGGGUGUACCUUGGCCAUUACAGAUCUAUCAAAGAAUAUACGGUGCUGAGAAAAAUUAGUUUUGAAAACAUCUAUUUAUAGCACAGAAGACUUGAUGUUUUGCAGAAAUUUUAGUUUCAGAUUUAUUUGUUUAAAUUAAGGUUGGCAUUCUGGGCUAGCUUCUGUAAUAUUUCAUUAGUUAUAUUGGUGCAAAUCUAUUUUGUAUAGUUACAAGGGAAGGUCUCAUAGUGGAUGAUGGGCAAUAAGGCUAUCACAAGUUUUGUAUCAUAAAGUCGGGCAUGGCUACUACUUAAGCUGUAAAGGAUCUGUAUCACAUACAAUUCUUAAACCAUAAUUCUUCUCAAAAGAAAUGCAGUGGUCGUGUACAUUGAUUUCA